CGGCAUUGGACAUAGCGCCUCAUGGAUAGAUGCGUCUCGCUGACUAGAGAAGCGACCGUACACCCAGUGGUUCAGGUGUGACAACGGCUGAUCAUUCUUGUUGGCGCCCACGUGAUUUGCAUCCUAAGACAUGGGCUUCGUGGGCGGUCUAAUGGCGUGGAAACGACCUACAUACCCGCGGCUCGAAGGUCUUGCCGUAUAGGCCGACUCUUUCCGCCUGUCACAGCGAUAUGCCCGCCCUAUGCCACAACAACGGCAGGAACGACCCGUCCGCCAGACAACCUAGUGUUCUCGGCAAAGCAUGUUGCCUAUCGUUGGGCUAUCAGUAUGCGGGUUUGCAGUCAGAGCAACCGAAUAGGGGACUAAGAAUUCCAGAGGUGACACACACAUGAUUUUCAUGUAGUAGUCUAGAUGCCCUAGCGGCCAACUGAACAUUACUAUAGGUCAGCAACCUGGUCUAGUGUACGGCGAAUAGAGAACC